CUCAUUCAAAGUAAAUACUGGAAAAUCAACUUGGCAUUUUUCCUGCAAUGUUGGCGAUCUCACAGGAAUGAAUCGGCGCUGAAGAGGACUGGACGUGAGCGGCCUGCAACACUGUUCUCCCGUGAAUGCAUUGCCUGCAGCACCGAGGCCUAGUCGCGGGAGAGGUACCGACGCCGGCGUGAGGGAUGCCUGGGUCGGACCGACACCAUGGGACCAAGAAGAAGCCGGAUCCAAGCAUCAGCUGUGCGCCACACCAGACCCAGGCCUCGUCUCAUACCUCUGCAGGAGACAUGACUAGCAAAGACGGCAAGUUGAAACCUCCAAUGUCCUCUUCCACCGCCAAACGCAAACGACAUAAAUCAACCAAACAUAAUCGGGAUUGCUCGGCGGCACCGGGAACCGACGAUGUUACCCUCGGCGAUACUGCGCCUCCUGGUGUCAACACGGUGAAGCCUCUGGUGGAGUACGAUGAUAUUAGCUCCGACUCGGACACUUUCUCGGACCCGCCGUCCUCCAGGCCCUCUGAGAGGGGGGGCGGGGACCGACUCGAGCCAUCACCAGACUACGACAGGGACGAUAUCGGCGGAGCAGCUGACGGUAGAGAGAACAAGGGGCAUAGACACUCCCGAAAAAAGUCCAAGGACCCCAAUAAAGUUAAAGAUCCUGGUAAUGGGGAGCGUGGCUACAAGAAAAAGAGCAGCAAAGACCGUGAGAAAGGGACUUCUGGAAAGAGCAAGGAGAAGGCUGCAUCAUCUUCAUCAAGCUCCUCAUCCAAACGCCAGGUGCAGCUGGAGGCUGAGUCUAAACGAGGGGAGCUGAUGCCCUCCUCCCAGGUACAACCUGCAACCAGUGUAGGCAGCACCACCUCCUCCACAUCUUCAUCUCGCAGCAAGGAGAGCAGCCGCUCAGGGAAGUCUCGCAAAGACAAGCAGCAGAGGAGAGAAGGUCGAGGGGAGGGCAGCCGCACAUCCUCACAGAGAAGCAGGACUGAUAGGAGCCACCGCAAGUCCUCCAAGAGCCUCAAGUCAAGCCCUAAAGGCAAGUCUUCAAGUAGGGGAAGUCCUCGCAGGAAGGGCACCAGCUCUGCUCUGUCGCCCAGUCCCAGAAGAGGGGCUGGCAGCGAGAGCCCACUGGGCGGUGGGUAUGGCCAGCAGGGGGAUGACAGCUACGGCAGGCGCAGGACGGCCCAACAGAGCCCCAGUCCUUAUGGAGAUAUGUCUCGCCGCAGCAGGCAGAGGUCAGACAGCCCCCAUGGCAGCAGACACAGGUCCUCCAGCUUUGAGAGAGACAGCAGCCCCUACUCACGGAGACGUUCCAUCAGUCCCUAUGGUACUCGCAGGUCCUCCAGCACCAGCCCCAUGUCUAGACGGUCAGGCCGCUCCAGGAGUCGCUCCCCUUUGCUUUACUCCUCUCGUCGCUCUUCUUCUCGUUCUCGUAGCAAGAGGCAUACUUCUUCUGCUGGGGCAGGGGGCGGCUCCCACAGCAGCCGACCACCCAGCCCCUCCCGCCUCCCACUUAACUCCAGCCUGGGAGCGGAGCUGACCCGCAGGAAGAAGGAGCGACAGGCUGCUGAGGCGGCUGCUCGUGCCAGCAGUGGUGCUUCACCUAGUGUACCUGCACGCAAAGCAACAGGUUCCUCCACCUCCUCACGAUCAACUAAAGCUGAUGCUUCACAGUCAGAAAGAGACUCAGCGACAGCAGCAGAAACUCAGCCCCCGCCGCCUGCGCAGUUAUCACAGGACGCUCCCGGCGGCGAAGAUCAGGUUACUGCACCUCCACCUUCCUCUUCCACCUCCUCUCCAGCACCACCUCCCCCUCAGCCUUCUCCUCCUGUGCCACCCGGUCCACCCACGCUGGUUCCACCACCGCCACCUCAGGCAGACUCAAAUAUUCAGCCUCCCCCACCCUCAGCCUCAUCCCAGGCCAAAUCGCCAGCUCCGCUUCCUACACGCAGCCCCGUCCGACAGACCGCGCUCCACAAGACGUCGACUCUGCCUCCUUUGCCUUUACCACCCCUACUGCUGGGAAACGCUCAGGACAGUCCAAAGAAGUCCACCCAUUCUCAGAGGCCUCCCAGGAAAGAGAAGGAAGUUCGCAGCCGGCCAUCACUCAUCGAUCUCCCUCUACCGCCCACCCUGCACGGAGUUGACUCUUCACCCCCGCAGUCACCUAUCCGCCAGGUUCCUCCACUACUCCAGCAAGCCCUUAAGAAGAGACCAAAGAUUUGCUGCCCCCGAUAUGGUGAGCGCAAACAAACCCAGAGUGACUGGGGUAAACGCUGUGUAGAUAAAUUCGAUAUAAUCGGCAUCAUAGGGGAAGGCACUUACGGCCAAGUGUAUAAGGCCAAGGACAAAGACACUGGUGAACUGGUGGCUCUGAAGAAAGUGCGUUUAGACAAUGAAAAAGAGGGUUUCCCCAUCACAGCCAUCAGAGAGAUCAAGAUCUUGCGGCAGCUCAAACACCGCAGUGUUGUCAACAUGAAGGAGAUCGUCACUGACAAGCAGGAUGCACUCGACUUUAAAAAGGACAAAGGUGCUUUUUACUUGGUGUUUGAGUACAUGGACCAUGACCUGAUGGGCCUGCUGGAGUCGGGCCUGGUCCAGUUCUCUCACGAGCAUGUCCGCAGCUUCAUGCGCCAGCUGAUGGAGGGUCUGGACUACUGCCAUAAGAACAACUUCUUGCACAGAGACAUCAAAUGCUCCAACAUACUGCUCAACAACAGAGGUCAAAUCAAACUGGCUGACUUUGGUUUGGCCCGGCUGUACAGUUCAGAGGAAAGUCGGCCUUACACUAAUAAAGUAAUCACACUAUGGUACCGACCCCCUGAGCUCCUAUUGGGAGAGGAGAGAUACUCUCCUGCCAUAGACGUAUGGAGUUGUGGGUGCAUUCUGGGAGAACUCUUCACUAAGAAGCCCAUCUUUCAGGCUAACCAGGAGCUUCUACAGCUGGAGCUCAUCAGCCGUCUGUGCGGAAGCCCCUGCCCUGCAGCCUGGCCUGACGUCAUUAAACUUCCACUCUUCAACACCAUGAAGCCUAAGAAGCAGUACAGACGGCGACUGCGGGAGGAGUUUUCUUUCUUACCUGCUACUGCCCUGGAUCUGCUGGACCGAAUGCUGACCCUUGACCCUGCACGGCGCUGCACAUCAGAGCAGGCUCUUCACUGCGACUUCCUGUGUGACGUGGAGCCCAGCAAGAUGCCACCGCCAGAUCUUCCUCACCAUCAGGACUGCCACGAGCUGUGGAGUAAGAAGAGGCGACGUGCACGUCAGAGCGGGCAGGCUGAGGAUGUAGCUGCAGCCAAAAGGCCCCGUAACGAUGCGACAGGGACCUCGAGCGGAGAGAAUAGUCGGCCCCAAGCCAGCCCGGCUGGAGCCCCGCCUCCUCCACCAGGAAAACCACCGGCGGCAGCCAUCUCAGAGAGCGAGUUGUCAGGUCUGGGAGCUGCUGCAGAGCAGUUGAACCAGACAGAGUUGGCGGUCCUGCUGAACCUCCUCCAGGGACAGACGGACCUCAGCCUGCCCCAGGUGGCCCAGCUCCUUAACCUCUCCAAUCCUGAGGCUCUCAGCCAGUCGCUGUCUGCGCUCAGCGAGGCCUCUGACCACCAGGGGUCUUCAGAGGACCAGGCCCAGUCUGCUGCCCGGCCUCAGCCCCCAGACCAGCCUCCCGAACCCCAGGAGCUAUCGCCGACAUCAGGGGAACCCCCCCACAUCCAGGAAGAUCAGGCCAACCUGCUGGCUCUCAUUCUGGGCCACAUUAUCAAGCCACAAACCGAGGAGCAAGGCGAUGAGAGCAAUGGCGUCCAAUCAGAGGAGGCACUUACACGCGGUUCGUCCGCCUCUACUACUGACCGCAAGGGCAAGUCUGGGUUUAGUCUCUAGAAGUUGAAAAAAAGAGGCAGCCAGGGUCAGUUGGAAGUCACUGGGGACUGCAAGAAUGAGGAGAGCAAUGCAGAAGAGAACAAAAAAAAAAGCUGACUGAGUUUUGAUUCUCAAAACUCCUUUCUAUUAUCUAAAUAAUUACUUUAGUCUACCUGAUGAAAUCGACAAAAUGAUCAAUUAAGAAAAUGAAUUGGGCAAUUAGGCCUAUCAUGCAUCCCCCCUCCCCACCCCACCCCUUCCUUUAUCCCUGACAUUCCUAAAACUCACAUAAACCAUUGUCCCCAUUUACCACCCAUUACACACACACAUAUAUAUAAA